UUGUGUUACGUACAGGUACCACAGAUGUUACCCCCUCCGAUGCCACCACCUCCUCACCACUUGUCGCUAAGAGAUUGGCCACAUCGCAGAGGAAUACAGGGAUGAAAUGUGGCGCCCGGCCCUUAAAGAAAACGGGAAACUUGAUGCAAAUAAACUCACGUAUUGUUGGGGGAGCGGACACACCGAUUGGCGGACAACCUUGGACCGUGUCAAUAAAGUUAUAUGAAAGACACUUGUGCGGGGGGAGUAUUGUAGAAACAAACCUGGUGGUGACCGCUGCUCACUGUGUGUAUCCUGCAAAUGGCUUUAAAAUGAAGCACUUGGUGGUGGUUGCUGGUGAGUAUGACCAGAGCAUUGAGGACCCCCAGCAACAAGAUAUCCCUGUGUCUGAUGUAAAGCUGCACCCGAAGUACAAGCAUGAUGGGAGUAUGAGCUACGACAUCGCACUCGUCUAUUUACAGAAGCCGAUCAUCCUGGGGUCUCAGGUACAGCGGGUGUGCUUACCACAAGUGGGGGAGAUCAUCGAACCAGGAACCUUGUGUGUGACCAGCGGAUGGGGAAGAGUUAAUGAGAGCGGAGAGACAUCCAAAAUCCUGCAGGAGGUGACCCUUCCCAUCCUGGAUGAUGACACCUGUAGAUCGGCGCUCACCUCCGUUGGACUUCCUGCCUUACAUAAAUCGAUGUUAUGCGCCGGUUUCCCGGGCGGUGGGAGGGACGCUUGCCAGGGUGACUCUGGAGGACCCCUAGUCUGUAGGCGCCGGCGGUCCAACACUUGGGUCCUGGUAGGCAGCACGUCCUGGGGCGCCGGGUGUGGAAGAGCUUGGGAAGCAUCGACGACUAAAAGUGCUGCUCUGGGGUCACCCGCCAUAUACGCCAAAGUUUCGGCCAUUGUGGACUUCCUUAGAAACUUCACAUCUGACAGUGGCUGUAGCUCGAGCCCUUUGGUUAUUGUCGGCAAAAAUGGUUUCGUCAAGUACCCCUUAGAUGCGAAGAGCAAUUAUUCCAUCAACAGCUUAUGCCGAUGGACAAUCAAGUCGUCAGCGGAUAAGAUAAUCAAGAUCCAAUUUACUAAGCUGGAUAUCGAGGAUCAUGUGACCUGCGCCUACGACUCGCUGACUUUUACUGCAAAAUCGAAGGAUGUCCGUAAGGUCUGUGGCUCCGUCCUGCCGUCUCCUCUGAUAAUCCGCUCCGCUACCGUUACGGUGACUUUCCUCUCGGACGGCACCGUGAAUGGUCGCGGGUUCCAGUUUAAGUUUUCUGCAUUAUCCGCAGCAUCGGAGAAAGGGUCCGGGUGUGGCAGUGCUGCGGAGCUGCAGGAGGAAGGCAAGAUCUUCACCCUAAAUUAUCCCCGAUUAUAUCCCAGUAACACCGUCUGUCGCUGGGUCAUAGAAGCACCAGAAGAUCAUGUCGUGCAGCUUGUCUUUGAAGACUUUGCUCUGGAGUACCAGGAGAAAUGUGAAUAUGAUCGCGUUUCGAUUUAUGGAGACAGAGAGGAGUCUCACCUCAUUGUAACCUUAUGUGGGUUUUUAGCGUCCCGUCUAGUCUCUAGUCUGGGUAACAUCAUGGUCAUCAAAUUCGAAAGUGAUUACGAGAACAAUUACGGUGGCUUCAUGGCGAGGUUCAGCUUCGCAUAUCCAGACAGUACGACAGCCGCCCCCUCCAUUAAGGCUUCUCCGGCACUGAAUCAAGAACCAAAGCGGGUUAAUACAGGGGUUUGUGGGGUGGCACCGCUGUCUCCACAGUGGCUUCUAAAUCGUAUUGUAGGAGGGGAGGAAGCCUGUCCUAACUGCUGGCCGUGGCAGGUAGCCAUCAAGGACUGGGACAUGUUCCAGUGUGGAGGAGUCAUUCUGUCAUCUCAAUGGGUCCUGACAGCUGCUCACUGUCUACGAUCCUCCGAUCCCUCCCGGUACCACGUCCAUGCUGGGAUUCAUGACCAACUAUUGAAUGAAUCCAGCAGACAGGAUCGGAGGGUUCACAUCAUGGCACUUCAUGAGAUGUACAGUCCCAUCACCAACGACUAUGACGUAGCACUGCUCCGGUUGGCAGAAGAACUGAUCUUCAAUGACUUUGUGCGUCCCGUCUGCCUGCCCAGUGUGGAGGAGCCUCUAGAGCAGACGUCCCUGUGUGUGGUCACCGGUUGGGGCAGCACUGGAGAAGGGGAGCAACACUUCAACCGCUUACAGCAGCUACAGGUCCCCAUUCUGGACAACAACAUCUGCAACAGUUCCUAUUACCCAGGAGGGAUCUCCGACCGCAUGUUCUGCGCUGGAUUUCCUGAUACUGGAGGAAAAGAUUCCUGCCAGGGUGAUUCUGGGGGCCCGCUGGUCUGUCCCGGCUCCAAUAAAUCCCAUGUACUUUAUGGCAUAGUCAGCUGGGGUGUGGGCUGUGCACGGCCCAAAAAGCCUGGCGUAUACACAAAGGUCCGAUCUUUCCUGAGCUGGAUAGAAACUACCCAACAAGAAAUAAACAAGACUUUACAUAAUGGGAAUAAUGCUGCAAUGAUGCCAAGGACUCCUGAGGGAAAGGGGUCGCCAACGGAAGCUUGUCCCAAUGGCCUUCUUUUGGACGAUGCGGUUGGCUCCAUUGCUUCACCAGGAUUUCCAUAUGGAUAUGCCGGAGGUUUGAUUUGCUCCUGGGUCAUCUCCAUCACAUCCAAUAGCAGCUUAAUAAAAAUUAUUUUGAAACACCUGUCUAUAGAGGAGUCUGAAAACUGCAUCACCGAAUCUCUGUCCAUCUACCAGGAGGAGAGCAACGUCAGUAAACUGAUAGAUAAGAUUUGCGGCUUCCAGUCCGCCCCUGUCACCUAUGAAAGUCGUGGCCCCGUGGUCCGAGUCGUCUUCAUCUCCGCUAACCAAGGCUUUUAUAGCAGAAUUGGCUUUAGUCUUCAGUACAAGAUAUAUGGCGGACGAGUAAGGGAUUUUAUGGAGACCGGGUGGAGGAAAUCUAGGACUCGGGAGAACUGUAAUGAUGUCAUUGAAACUUCAGAGAACGGGGUUAUCUCCUCCCCUGGAUAUCCGGUGGAAUAUCCCAAUGAUCUCAGAUGUGAAUGGAGGAUUAUCGCCCCACUCGGGAGCAUCAUUAGAUUGGACAUCGACACGUUGACCACAGAAAAAGAUAAGACCGGUUGCCAGGACGUUCUCCUCGUUUAUCGAGGGCUUGGUGAAAAUAAAGACCUAGAAGGUUCCUAUUGUGGGAACAUUUCUGAUUAUGCCGUGAAGACCGAUGGUCCGGAGAUGACUUUAGUCUUUAUUUCCAACUCCAGGGUGUCCAUGAAAGGUUUUUUUUCAAGAUAUUCAUUCUGGAGUCUACAAAGAGAUUCUACAAGAAGCCGAGAGGAUCUGUCUUUUCUCAGUUGUCCCAUCCUUAAGUUUUUAAGAGCUGGUUCAUCAGACUUAAAAUCCCCCGGCUAUCCCGGUACUUACCUGAGUGGAUUGGAUUGUUGGUGGAUCAUUUCUUCUGUGUCCGGGAACAAGCUUCACUUGAACAUUAAAGACCUGAUGUUGGAGGCCUCUCCGAAUUGCACGUGGGACUUUCUGAAUAUUUAUGAUGGAGCCGGCAAUGAGACUAAGUUGUUGGUGACCCUUUGCGGAAGCAAGUCCGAUUGCAACUUCAGCUCCAGCAGUGGCUUCCUAACGCUUCAUUUCCACACCGACGUCUCUGUCAGUGGUCGUGGUUUCCAUAUUUACUACAGUGAAAUAGACAGUUCUCCGAUAAAGACAUGGAGGUCUAUGGAGGUUUCAAUGCCGGAUGAAAAAACCUGUGGGACGUCUUCUGUAGAUCCCAUGCCAAAAACCAGGUCCGCCUCGAUGGCUGAAGUUGUCCUAGAUGAAAAAGGGACACCCCGAGUUGUGGGAGGUCAAGCAGCUGCCCCAAUGUCCUGGCCUUGGAUUGUCAACCUUCAGGACGAAUGGGGACAAAAUCUGUGCGGGGCGACAAUCAUCCAUGAGAAGUGGUUACUGACCGCGGCGCACUGCAGCUUUGUUAUUGGGUCAGACAGAGUCUUUCUAGGUAACAUUGACCGGACCCCUUCUAAUGGGACAGAAGCCAUAGUUAUAAAGUCCUAUGUUCACGAACUGUACAAGGAUGAUGUGGCUCCUCCGGAUUACGACAUCUGCCUACUAGAGCUCAGGUCUCCUGUUCCAUUAGGUGAUUCCGUCGCUGUAAUGUGUUUGCCACAUGAAGAGGAAGAGUUUGACCGUGACAGUUGUCUGGUCGCAGGAUGGGGCGCCACUGCAGCGAGAAGCAUCCGUCAUCCCAAAUUACUUCAGCAAGCUAAGAUCCCUCUCACAUCCAAAGAGGACUGCAUGAGCUACUGGGGACCAGAUGUAUCGGAAAGAAACGUGUGUGCGGGAGCCGCAGGGGCUUCUUCUUGUCUGGGGGAUUCAGGGGGUCCGCUAAUCUGCCGUUCACAUAACAAGUACAAGUUGGUUGGAGUGGUCAGCUGGGGAAGUGACACGUGUGACCCCCGCGCUCCUGCCGUUUACUCCUCAGUAUCUAAGUACAGAGCAUGGAUAGAGCAACACACUGGAUUUUAAUUAAAAAAAAUUAAUAAAUUAAUAAACUAAAUAAAAUCCACUUUAUUC